UUUCGUCUUUCCACCUCCAUAUCAUCGAUUACCGCCAUAUUGAAUGAUAUACACAGUUAAUGACCCUUCACUCUACGCACUAAACCCAACUUGUUGAUCGAAAACCCUAAUUGUUCAUUUAAAUCUUGCAUUUGAUCAUCAACCGCAAUCGUAAGUUUGAAUCCACGAGUAUGGUCCAAAUGUGGGAAAUCAGGCCAAGAAAUCAGUGUUUUGAUGCAAUCCGAAUUUACGAAGGAUAUCCCACAAUGUUCACUAUUGAGCUCCAUCAUGGAGGGAGGUUCACAAAAUUCCCAGGGAUAAGCUACAUUGAAGGAAAAUUAGACCACAUUGACUUGGUAGACAUGGAUGAGUUCUCUGUACAUGAGUUGGACGAGGUGAUGCUGAAGCUUGGUUAUGAUGUACCACCAGUCAUUUACUACCACUAUCAAUUGCCAAAUGGAGAUUUGGAGUUUGGUCUUAGAGCUCUAGGGAAUGAUAUUGAUGUACUUAGUCUUGCACAGUACAUUGAACAUCAUAAGAUCAUCAAGGUAUACACUGAACAUAAUGAAACUAAGUUACUUACAUACUUUAUGUCUCUAAGAGUUAAACCUAGGGUCAUAAUUGAGGAAAUAGCAGAUGAUGUGCCCACUGCAACUGUUGGUGAUCAAGAUGUCCCAAAUCUUGAAUGGUGUUUAGUAAGAUAUGAGACACCCGAAUACAAUUCAAAUAAGAGAUUGAGGUUAGUUGAUGGGAGUCAAUCAUGUAGUAAGAAAUUGUGUUUCAACUUGGAACACACUGCAACUGUUGGUGAUCAAGAUGCACAUGUUGAAAUUGGUAAUGAAGGUGCAAAUAUUAGUGAGCACGGUGCAACUGUUGGUGGUCAAGAUACACAUGUUGAAAUUGGUAAUGAAGGAGAAAAUGUUAGUGAUCAAGGUGCACCUAUUGGUGAUCAAGAUACAGAAGUUCAUGAUCAAGAUGUUGAAUAUGUUGAUAAAGGAAAAGGUGUUGAGACUGAAAAUGAAGUUGUUGAUACAAAAGAUGUUGAAGUAAUUGAUAAUGAUGAAUGGGACUCAUUAGGUGAAGAUAGUGAUGAUGAAAGAAGGAAAGCAAUAUUAAAACAGAUGGUGAAGGAGAAGAAGUGCUCUCUUGGUGAAGUCCAUACAGUUACUUUUCAAUGUGCAAUAGCAACCAUAGUACCAGAAUUUGAACACUACAUGAAUGAACUUAACAAGUUUGAUAAGGAUGCUUUUGAGUGGUUGAAGAAAAUCCCCCCUCACCAUUGGGCAAGAAGCCACUUUUCAGGAAGAGCAGGAUCAGAUAUAUUGCUCAACAAUUUAUGUGAGGUUUUCAAAAAAGUGAUGUCCAAAGCUCCAGGUCCACUCACUCCAACAGCAUCAAAGUUACUUGAGAGAAAUAGAAGGUGGGAAUUGAAUGGGAUUCCAUGUAGGCAUGCCAUUGCUACAAUACAUGAAAUGGUUGUUAGUGGAGACAAAGUUGGGGAGCUUUACACUUAUGUCAACAAAGUGUAUUGGCUUCAAACAUGGAAUGAAGCUUACUCUUACACUGUGGACCCUAUAAAGGGUAGACCCAUGUGGCCAAAAAGUACCUGUCCAUUUCAAUUAACACCACCACCACAUCACAAUCAACCUGGGAGACCUAAGACCAAGAGAAAGAGAAGUGCAGAUGAAAAAUAUGAUAAACAGAUGCAAAAUCAUGGUGCAGAUGAACCUGAAAAACUUACCAGAAAGUUUGUUAGUGUUAGGUGUGGGAAAUGCAACAAUAGGGGUCAUAACUCAAGGACGUGCAAGGGUCAAGGUGGGAAUGCAUGA